GUAAACAGAAUGUUGUGCAAAUUUAGUUUGUUUUGCACCUUAAAUUUAUGAAUUCAGCUCGUUUUGUUUACAUAUGUGGUUACAACUUAUUCAUUUAUAUAUACGCGCACAAAUUAUGCAAUCACUGAAUGUGCUAUAUGCAAAUGCAUUUAUAAAUUUACUUUCUACCAUUACCACUCCCAUCUUUUGACAAUGGCUGGCAGAACUCAACAAGCAACUCGUCGGCGGAAGCGAACACAGACUCCAGUGUACAGUAGCAUUGCUGGGAGCUACGAAGAUAAAGACAAUGACUUUGUUUGCCCUGUAUGUUUUGAUAUUAUUGAUGAAGCUCAUAUGACCAAGUGUGGACAUACUUUUUGCUACAAGUGUAUAAAGAAUUGCCUGGAGAAGACAAACAGGUGCCCCAAGUGUAAUUACAUCAUAGAGAGUGCUGAUCACACCUAUCCCAAUUUUACAUUGAACGAGCUGAUACUGAAGUACCGUGGGAAGCAGGAUGAGAAGAGGAUCAAAACGGAGCAGGCUGCGAGUCCGGGCCCUGCCGACCUGCUGGACAUCAUCACGGAGGACACUCUGGACCUCGCCAACGUCAACCACCUCCUGGAAGUGCUGGCAAACAAGAAGCAGCAGUUGGAAGCAGAUGGUAAACUUGCAGAGAAUUGUAUACUCAAGGAAUUUCUUCAACAAGUAAAACAAAGGAAACAGGAGCAUCUUGAACAAUUGACAAGAGAAAUUGCUCUAUUGGAUGAAGAUACAAGUAGAAUUGAUAACAUAAUAACCGAACAUCAGCAGAAAAACACAGUUAGCCCUCAGGACCACUUGGUACCAAGUGGAUUUGAUGUCAGGCCCUCAAUCUCAGAAAUCACCAGCCAGGAUGGAUUUAAUGGAAGCAAAAAUUCUGGCAGGUUGUGGACUCAGAGCAGCAUGGGGUCGAGAAGGAAGAAGAUCAGCCAACACUUCGAGGACCUGGAACAGUGCUACUUCUCUACACGCUUGAAACACAUGGCCACAGGUGAUGAAUCCAGCGAUGGCCUCAUGGAGUUCACAGAGAGUCUGUCCAAGUUCACCAAAUUCUCAUCAUUCCGUCCACUGGCAACACUUAGCUACGCCGUUGACUUAUUCAGUGGAGGAUCAAGUAUUGUUUCAAGCAUUGAGUUUGAUAGAGACUGUGAUUAUUUUGCAAUUGCUGGGGUUACCAAGAAAAUCAAGGUCUAUGAGUAUGGUACAGUGAUCAAAGAUGCAGUAGAUAUACAUUACCCAGUCAUAGAGAUGGUCUGCAAUUCUAAAAUAAGCUGCGUUACAUGGAGUGCCUACCAUAAGAGCAUGCUGGCAAGCUCAGAUUAUGAAGGAACAGUCACUCUGUGGGAUGCCUUCACAGGUGUCAAGUCUAAAAUAUUUCAGGAGCAUGAGAAACGCUGUUGGAGUGUUGAUUUCAACAAGAUGGAUCCAAAAUUACUGGCUUCAGGCUCAGAUGAUGCUAAAGUGAAACUAUGGUCUACAAAUGCUGAACACUCUAUAGCUAAUCUGGAAGCGAAAGCUAAUGUGUGUUGUGUGAAGUUUAAUCCAGACAGCAGAUAUCAUCUAGCAUUUGGCUCAGCAGACCACUGUGUACAUUACUAUGACCUGCGCAGUACGAAGCAGCCGGUUGGGGUGUUCCGAGGUCACAGAAAAGCUGUAUCCUACGCCAAGUUUGUCGACUCGGUGGAACUUGUAUCUGCGUCGACAGACAGCCAGUUGAAGUUGUGGUCUAUCGGCAAACCAAACUGUGUGAGGACAUUCAAAGGUCAUACAAAUGAAAAAAACUUUGUUGGUCUGGCAACCGACGGAGAUUAUGUAGCCUGUGGGAGUGAAAACAAUUCGUUAUACGUGUACUACAAAGGUCUUUCAAAGCAGUUGAUGACGUACAAGUUUGAUACAGUAAGAAGUGUACUGGAGAAAGAUCGUAAGGAUGAAGAUGCUAAUGAAUUUGUCAGUGCUGUCACGUGGAGACCAGGUUCCAAUGUCAUAGUAGCUGCUAACAGCCAAGGAACUGUUAAGGUUCUGGAACUGGUAUAGUCUGAAUGUGGAAUGUCUCACACCCUAGUCUUUCAAUGAUCAAAAACGAACAAAUCAGGAUUGCUUCGUCAGGUGGCACCAUCUGUCUUUUUUCCACAGUGAAAACCUGUUCACCUUUCUGUGGGUGGCACAUCUCUUGUAAUAGUGUGAAAUCAGGAUGGCUGCAUUUGUGAUAAAACUUUAUAAUGGCCAUGUUUUUCGUUUUACUGUACCUGGAACAAAUUUACCUAUUUGUAUUGAUUUAUCCAGAUUCUUUAGUGCUAGUGUGGGUAUGGUUUGUAUAGUGUCCUCUGUUAUCUAAAGGGUUUGUAAUAAACUGCUGUAAAUAUCGGACCUUCUUAUGGUUUAGUGAAAUUGACUACAUCAGUGUAUGGCAUGUCUUUAAAAAACAUUACGUUUCAUUCUAAUAAUAAUAAAUAUAGCUCACUGAAUGUUUUUUUUAGAAAAUCUGUCACACUGUUUUGAAAUGAUUUCAUCAAUUUUAUACUGUGUAGUCAUUAUUAUUAUAUAACAUGAUUAGAAAAAAAACCCAGAUAAUAUUUAGGCGCCAUUAAUUAAAUCUGAUCAUUUUUAUAUCACCCCUCUCUGUAGAAUCUUUUGUAACACUUGAGAUGUGUUUCCCCUCUAAAUUUACAUAACAUACUUUAAUAUCACCCCUCUCUGUAGAAUCUUUUGUAACACUUGAGAUGUGUUUCCCCUCUAAAAUUACAUAACACACUUUUAUAUGACCCCUCUCUGUAGAAUGUUUUGUAACACUUGAGACUGUUUCCCCUCUAAAAUUACAUAACACACUUUUAUAUGACCCCUCUCUGUAGAAUGUUUUGUAACACUUGAGACGUGUUUCCCCUCUAAGAUUACAUAACACUUUUAUAUGACCCCUCUCUGUAGAAUGUUUUGUAACACUUGAGACGUGUUUCCCCUCUAAAAUUACAUAACACACUUUUAUAUGACCCCUCUCUGUAGAAUGUUUUGUAACACUUGAGACGUGUUUCCCCUCUAAAAUUACAUAACACACUUUUAUAUGACCCCUCUCUGUAGAAUGUUUUGUAACACUUGAGACCUGUUUCCCCUCUAAAAUUACAUAACACACUUUUAUAUGACCCCUCUCUGUAGAAUGUUUUGUAACACUUGAGACUGUUUCCCCUCUAAAAUUACAUAACACACUUUUAUAUGACCCCUCUCUGUAGAAUGUUUUGUAACACUUGAGACCUGUUUCCCCUCUAAAAUUACAUAACACACUUUUGUUACCCAUGUGGUUAAAAUAUCUGGGUUCACAUCAAAGUGUUACGUCCCACUAGAACUUCAAAUUGGACGUAACACCUCAAUGUCAUACGAUCAGCGCACUGCAACCUAACUGGAACGUCAGUCAAACGAGACCAGUGACUAAAUUAAAUCAAUUAUGGGUAAUAAAUAGGAUGUUAAACUCGCUACCAUUUCGUAUCGUGUUUGCGUGUCUCGUGAAAUAAUUUUCAUUGUCUCACGCUUAAAGUUUGUGAUAAUUAAAAAUUAUUUCACUCAGGACAUAAACAUGAUACGAAAUAGAAGCUUGUUUAAUAUCCUAUAAAUCUGUCUCUCCUUUUGCCAUUACUGUGACAUAAUUCAACCAAUAUUACUGAGUUUACUAUGUGGAAAUUUAAAAAAUAAUUAUUGUGUCUUGGUUUUUAAUAAAUGCAUGUACUAGACAAAAUCAUUGUUACGGUGACAUAAUAUUACCAACACUACUGGGUUUACCGUUUUCUUGGGAAUUAACAAACUAUUGGUAGACAGAAAAUCACCUGCUGAAGAUAAAUUGCUGUGAUGGCCUGUAUUCAAUUGAUAAAAUUAAAAUGACACUUGCUUUUGAAAACAUUAUGUAACUCUUGACCCAACCCCUUCUUCUUACGGUAUUGUAAUGCAUCCUAUGAUACUUCUUCCACCUCUAGCAUGUUAUGUAAAUGUUGAAAGGUCCCUAUGGCUAUUGCCCUGAGAUUUCUGUCAUUGUAAGAUGUUUCCAUCCAAUAGAAUCUUUUAAAAUACUAAAUUCACACAUUAAAUACAUUUUCGUGAUUGAAUAUUAGUAUCUGUAUAUACAAAGCAUUUUGGGGGCAGAAUUCAGGUUAAUCAGUUGAGCGCACACUUGAGGUGCUUGCAUUGCAGAAUAGAACUACCUUGGUGGAUUCAUUCAACUGAUUGGGGAGUUUUCUCAUUCCAACCAGUGCAUCACAACUGGUCAAAGGCCGUGAUAUGUACUUUCC